CAAGCUGAUCUUCAGCAUGAAUGCGAUAUUUGUAUUAAUAAUUGUAAUUUGUUUAAUUUAAUGUUUACUUUUACCCAGUGCAAGGCACUGCAAAAACAGAAACAACACCAAAAACGAAUUGAAGAGACAAAAUCCAACCGGAGCCCAUUUGAAAGAAGUGCGACUCAUGUAGUUUUUAGUUGGCUGGACGGAAUAAAUAUUUGUUUAUUCAAGCCGGAAGCUCUCAUGUUUAUUAUUAUCACUGGAAGGACAGCAUGAUAUUUCUGUUUGUUUGUCCAACGGCAUUUAAGAUAUGUGUAAAAUGAAUAUGGAUGCAGUAUUUAAGUGUUUAUUGAGUUUCGUUUGUCUAAAAAUAUAAAAUAAAAUUAAUAGUAGUAGGACGGAAACGUAAAUCGAAACUAUGAUAAUUUAUGUAUACACCCUAUGGGCAGGUGCGUCUGACCUUCUAAACUAUUAUAGCAAUCGAUUCAUUGUGUAAAGAGCAUUACAAAUACUUUAUACUCCCUAAAUAGUAAUUGGUUUUUAUCUGACGAUGCGGUAGCCGAGAUACAAUCAGCAUUUGGAAAUGAGGCCCUCGGCUUAACAUACAACACAAUAUUUAGUUACGUAUUAUUCUCCGUUAGGCAUGGUCAGCGAGUUUCUUUUGCGUAUCUGUCAGAGCUAUUCGGUAUUUCUAGGCGUUAGCUCGUACUUUCGCGUAUCGAAGAAUUAUCGCGAGACGUGGCUGACGCGCGGCUAUGUCCUGGUCGUGAAUGCCCUGACGCUAAGUCUGCUGCCCUUGGUCUUCUGGCUGUCCGCCCAGUACGUCAGGAUAGCCAGCUGGUUUCCAAAUUUGUUGACCUAUACCACAUAUAUACUCUACACGGUGUCCUAUGCGACUAUAGCAUACACUCUGAUCUCGCGCUCCUGCCGGGAUAAGGCGCUGCUGGAGGUGGACAGGAUCGUGCAGCGAUUGAACCGCAGGAUUGCACAGGAUGUGCGAAUUGGGCAAUCUGUCGGCAGCAGACUUGGCCAUUUGCAUAGUUUGAAGCUGGGCUCUGUGCUGUUCGUCUGCGUGGCCAGCUUGCUAGCCUGUCUGACGAUACCUAACAAGCCAAAGCUGAGCGUUUUGCUGUGCGUCUUCCUAUACAGCAACGCCAAGAAUAUUCCCCUGCUCGCCGUCUAUCGCUAUUAUCUGGCUCUGUGGGACAUCGCCUGUUGCUAUAAGUAUCUCAAUAAGCAGCUGGCACAGCUUCUGCAUCUGGAUAGAGGGAUCCAAGAUACUCCGUCGCGUCGCCAGCUGGAGCAGCUGCAGCAUCUGUGGAUGCUCCACAGCCUGCUCACGUGCUGCACUCAGAGGCUCAACAAGAUCUAUGGGUUGCUUAUGUUGGCGGCGCGCUUUGACAAUUUGGCAUUCUUUGCGAUUAAUACCUAUUGGGGCAUAGUCUUCUCAUUUAGCGUUAAGGCACCUUUCUAUGUAACCCUCUUCGGGGCCUCGAACUACUAUGUGCAUCUGCUGGACUUUUAUCUAUUGAACUUCAUAUGUGAUCAGACCAUGUGGUACCAGAGCGUGAUACGGCAUAGUCUCAGCGAGGGGCAUUGGUCAAGGGAGCUGAACGCCUUUGUCUUGUACGUCUGCACUUCGAAGCUGGACUUUUGGGUUUGCGGUCUCUAUAAGGUGAAUCGUCGCAGCUGGUUCCAAAUGCAGAUCUCUAUUAUUACAUUUUCCAUUUUGUUGCUGCAGUUUCAUUUGUUGCAC